GGGCGGGCGCGGCCAUUGCGGCCCGGCCGGCUGAGGGGACGCGUCGCUGCUGCCGCCGCCGCGAUGGUGUCCUGGAUGAUCUCCCGAGCGGUCGUGCUGGUGUUUGGGAUGCUGUAUCCUGCAUACUACUCAUACAAAGCUGUGAAGACGAAAAAUGUGAAGGAAUAUGUUCGCUGGAUGAUGUACUGGAUUGUGUUUGCUCUUUAUACAGUGACUGAAACAAUAACUGACCUAACAGUCUCUUGGUUUCCACUGUACUAUGAACUGAAGAUAGCUUUUGUUAUCUGGCUCCUUUCCCCAUAUACUAGAGGGGCAAGUUUAAUCUACAGAAAAUUCCUCCACCCACUGCUUUCUUCUAAAGAAAGGGAGAUUGAUGAGUACAUUGUCCAAGCCAAAGAAAGAGGCUAUGAGACCAUGGUGAAUUUUGGAAGGCAAGGGUUGAAUUUGGCAGCAACUGCUGCAGUGACAGCAGCUGUAAAGAGCCAAGGUGCAAUAACUGAGAAACUGAGAAGUUUCAGUAUGCAUGAUUUGACUGCUAUACAAGGAGAUGAGCCUGUUGGACAGAGACCUUAUCAGACAUUGCCAGAAGCUAAAAAGAAAACCAGAGCCUCUACAAGUGAAUCUUCAGGUUACAAAGCUCCACUGGAACAAAAUCACGGAGAUGAUAAAACAGAUGAAGAGAUGGAGGGGACACAUUCAGAAGAUGAAAUGUUUGCUCAGAGAGGCCUUCGAAGAACUCAGAGUAUGAAAUCUGUGAAAACGAUUAAAGGCCGUAAAGAGAUACGAUAUGGAUCAUUGAAAUACAGAGUAAAGAAGAGACCCACUGUAUACUUUUAAGUGUACUGCACAAUGCCUGCAAGAGAAACUGCUGUACUAUAACUUGAAUUCAAGUGUUAAAGAUCUGUGUACAAUUCCUAAAAUGAGUCUGUAUGAACAGAUAUGGUAGGACUUGUUUUUGUGAGCCUACGUGAUCAGAUAAAGUAUUACUCUGUUUUUAUAUAGUUGUUUAGAUUUAAAUCUGGACAAGUUACAGCAUGAAUUUCAGCACUCCUUAAAUAGGAGUUAAAGGAGGACUAGGAAAUACUCUUUUGCCAGAGGUAAUUUCAACAGAUUGAAAUAAUUACAACUCCAGUUGAAUUAGCAGAAGACUUAAGUAUCUAGAGCUUGUGAAAAUUAAACCAUAGUGUCCCCGGGUUUACACAGAAAGAUAGAUAUACUUGAAAUAUUUUUCUGAACUACAAUUGCUGAAAAGGCCUUUGUGUAAUUUUUAAAUGUACAGUUUAAAGGACAGUGGAUGAUGGUGGGAAAAAAAAGGAAAGAUGAUGUAGGUAGGAUACAUCCUUAACAUCAUCAUAUUGCAUCAUAUUGCCAAGCUUAGCAAACUGGGGGUACAUAUAGCACUUUAUGCAAAACUACAUAGUUUUGCACACUCUUAAUGAUUUACAACUGCACAUGUCAUUUUACUGACUUACUAGACAGGUUUGAGUUGCAUUUUCAAUGCCAGCAGUUCUUGUAUUUUAUGAUAUUUUAAAAAUUUAUCUUGAUUCCUUAAGUACACUUAGGAUGCUGUAGAUAUUUGCUACUAACAAUAUUAUCAGGUGCCUUUCUAUGUAUUAUAGGGCUGUGUGGGUUUUGUCUGUGUGUGUGUUUUUUCUGGGGGGGUUUUGGGUUUGUUUUUGUUUGUGUCUGUCUUCCUCCAUCUAAAGAGAUGUAACAUGAUUUAAGUCAGUUUUUGGUUAAAAUUGUGGUAAGUAAAACUCAUAGCAAUUCCAGUGAUACACCUCAGGGAUCUGAUCAGCCCAUGAGUUGUGUGUUAAGGUCAUGCUGCCAAACAGGUAUGUAUGAUAGGUUAGUCAGGCCCUGGUUUAGUUUUGCUCUACGUUGCUUUAAGAACAAAUAUAUUUAUAUAUAUAUGUACUUCAGAACAUGUAUGAGUGUAUAUUUCAUACCAUAUGUGGAUUCUAAAAUGGCCUGUGUAGUACUUUCUUUUACUGCUGAAGUUAUUACUAAUAUAUUUGCAUAUAAGUAGCUUCUUCUAAAAGUCUAGUUGAUUUAGUAAUUUUAUAACCUAGAGUCCCAUGGCAUAGCUGCAGAGAUUGAUUUUGAAAUGUCUUUCAACGCAGUGACUUGUCAAAAUUACUUUUUUCAGUCACCUUUGGUACUAUUUUCUGCAGUUUUGAGAAUUAGGCUGAUUUUAGUUUGCUGUGUGAUUGUAUUUCUACUGUGGAUUCAGGGAGAAACCACCCACUUUUUGCAGAUAGUAUUUUAUUAUGUAUCUUUGGGACAGACCUUGUUACUUUCCUCAAAGAGGAAAUGGCAUGGAUUCCUCUUAUCCUUGGAUCUCUGACUUUAAUCCUUAGACCUUUCCCCAAGUGUUGACAGUCAUCUGCAACUCUACAGCACAGACUGGCAUUCAGAGUAGUCUUCUGCACACUUCAGCAGGGUUUGAAUUCUGUGGGUACAAAUGCAGCUGGUCUGUGUUGGUGUUGUUCCUCCCUGGCUGUGGGAAGUGUCUGCAAGCCCUGUGCAAAGUUGUGCUCAAAUGCAACAGCACUUCCAGCAUCUCUGAGGAACCUCAGUGCUUCAGUGAGAAGUCCCAGCAGACCAUGUGUGAUUAAAAGGCUAAAACCUGUAAUGCUUAACUCAGAAACACAGCUGGAUACCAGAAGACAGGAAGGCUGCUCUCUCCCAAAUGAGUGCAGUGCAAAACUCCCAUCCCCUAACCAAAACUGUACCUUGUUAUCCAGCUUUUCUAAGGAGCUGUGGGCAAGGAGUGAUCACAAAAGCAACCUCCCCUGGAGUGUGGGACUUCUGGCCCAGGGGUGUUUGUGCUUCUCCUCUGCUUCCCUGAGGCUUGUCUGUGUGUUAAGGUGUAUAAGACACUAAGGAACCUAAGCUCUGACCCCUCUCUGAAUAGUAGGCUAACCUGGGCCUGGGGUGGAAUCUCUAACUCUUACUGUACAGUUGAACACUUGCUGACACAUUUUGCUGUAACUGAUCAUGCUUGUUUUACCAGCAAGCAUGGCAAAAAAAGAUCAUCAUUGUACCAAUCAUAAUCCUGCAUGAAGGAGUAGAGUAUGCCAUUUUUUCAGAAUUACAGCUCCUGUUACAGGUUCAUGUAACUCCUGUUUUGGGGGUUGUGUUUUAAACACAUUUCUAGCACUAGAGAUCAUUGAAGUGUUUCAGGCUCUACCACACUCCUGUCAGGAAGUUGCUCUAUGUGUCUCUAUGUACCUGAGGCUGUAACUUCUGGCAGACUUAAUUUCCUAACUCAGUAGUGAUAAAGGCUAAAUAAAUCCUCCUUUUUCUGGAACUUGCAUGGAAUUGGGAAAGCUGGCAGUAUUAUUCAUAUUCAUUACUGUUUGCACAGAAAUGUACUUCUGUUCUUUCAGGCAACAUGAUCAAACCUUCAAUGUUUUCCUACCUGUUUUCUUCAGUCUAAUAGCCAACUAUAAAAAUAUUUUCUUGCUAGCCUGAUUUUGAUCUUUGAAUUCAUCCUCAAACUGGUUCACUGGAUUAUCUUCAUUUUUUCUUGUUACUGUUCAUUGUUAGGUGAUGCUUGUCAGGGCACAAUAGCAUGAUUAGCUUUCAUCCCAGUGAUACGUAGUUCUCGCUCUUUGUUGAAUGUAGUUUAGUUUGGUUAUGAAACACUACAAUCUUUUAACUUGGGUUACAGGGAGUUUUCAAACUUGCCUUAGCAACUGCAGAAGUCAUCUGUCUAGCUCUUGCCAGGAAACUUCUUGAAAAAAAUGUUAAAAAUUAAUGUUUAACAUUUUUUUUGGAUUUGGAAUGUAAAAUGUAGUUCAUGUCAAAUUAUCUUCUGAACAAGGAGUUUCCUAAGGACUGACUGACUGCCACCAACAUGGCUGCUAAUUUGACUGUAGUCAAACAAAGACUUGGGGUUUAAAAGUGCUUUUAAAAAGAGAAUAUGUAUUUCCAUUUAAAUCAUACCAAGGUUUCAAGCCUUUCAAAAAUAUACCUGAACUGACUCAGCUUUCUUAGCAAGAGCUUACUGUACUUAUUAAAAUACCAGUCUGAGAUGAGGAUUAAAUUGGUAGCCUCAGCUGCAAAUGAGCUCAGGCUGGACUUUGAUUGCAAUGUAAUUGCCAAUAUUGCUAAUUCCUUUGGUAUGUAAAAGUAACUAAAUAAUAUCCAACAUACAUUUGCAAACUAUAAUGAAUUUUAAAAUAGAAGAUAACUUGAUAAAAGAGAAUGGUGAAGAAAGUGCUAGACACAAUUCAACGUGUGCUGUUCCAUGAAAAAAUGUGUUUUAUUUUUGGUGUUGCUUUUAUUAAUGGGAAGUUGGUAUUUUUAAGUACUUUUUCUACGAAAAUGUAUGUGCAAAGGCAAUACUUUAACAUUUUUCAAGAACUUGUAUUUUCAGAUGCUACAAACAAGAGAAUAUAAAUUUGGACUGAAGGUAGUAGCUUUAAAAUAUGCAAUGUAAGCUUUAAUUUUUAUAUUGUAAUAAUAACUUGCUGUCAACUUGUUUACAUAUUUGUAGGAUGGAAACUUCAUUAUGCAUUGACUUAGCUUGAUGCUGUCUUUAAUAAAUGCUGCUUUGAGCAAGA